AUACGUUUUUGGUUCAGUGUCAAUGCUACUCAGUAACAACAAAUAUAUUAAUUUCACACACUAUUGAUUUCAAUUGUAUAAAAGUUUAAGAAAAAAAAGUUUAGUUAAACUUAAGACUUUUACGGUACUGAUAUAUUUAUUUUUAACAUGGAAGAAAUAGUUGAAGAGGUAACCGAAUUGUACAAGCAAGGAGACUGGAAAACGAUAGUUAAAAAAUUCAGAACACAUCCAAACAGAAAUAAGGUGCUUUGGGUCUUUCCAACGGAAGAAAAUUUUAAAUUUAUCGGGAAUUGUAUGGUGAAAUUACACUGCGAAGCUAUAGUAAGUGUCGGUUGCGGUAGUGGUCUCCUCGAAUGGAUGAUCACGGAAGCUACUGGUUACCCUAUAUCAGGUAUAGAAGUUGACGGCGCUUGGUGGCAUUGUAAAUAUGCUCCUCCAACUUUCAUUCCUCUUCUUUUAACAAACCAAAAGUUGGAUAAAGAAAUAGUCACAUUGUUAGGAAAUUGUCAUCGAACUGCUCUACUGUUCUGUUAUUUUAAUAAUGGACCAGCAUUUAAAGAAUAUUUGGAUAAAUUUUCUGGCAAUGUACUAAUAAUAAUUGGACCAGGUGAUGGCAAAAGUGUUCACACAGAUCCAAGACCUUUUGGAGAUGUUCCUGACCAAUGGAUCUUACAUGAAUCGCAAGAAGUGGAAAGUACUAAAGAUUAUAUUGCUGUGUAUUAUAGGAAAUAAUCAUGAAACCAUCAGCAAGUGUUAUUUUGUGACUGUAUUUUUGAGAGUUAUAUCACGAUUUUGAUUUUACACGUUGUUAUAUUAAACGUCUCGCAGUAGAACAGCGUCGUGGAAUAUGCUCCAAACUUCUCUUAAAUGCACAAAUAGGCCUAUGCUCAGCAGAGGGAUAUCACAGGCUGAAUCGUAUAUGUCUGUGGAGAUUAUAAUAAAUAUAUAAUUGAGGCACUUAGAUGAUUUGUCCGAUUUAAAAUUAGACAAAAAAAGGCUACAGAAAUAGAUCGCUGAUUCACGUGAGACUUUUGAAAAUUAAAAAACCCAAUUGGUGAAUUUGAUGUAAUGCAGAAUAUAGGUUUUUUUCUAAUGUAAAAGUGGUCAAGGUGUGCAUUUAAAGUGAGCAAUGACAAUGACGCUUGCAUAAGUGCCAUAAAUUCGGGAAUAUAAAAUGACCAAAAACAAACAUGGAAAUGUUAAUGAGACAAAUAUAUUGUAACAAAUAAUAAA